GCCUCAAUUUGAACAGUCUACGCACACCGAACUUCACACGCACGUUGUCCGUUCAUCGUUAUAUACACAAAUAUAAUAAUCGGCUGCUCUCCGGAAGUCUUCUCGUCUCUUGGAACUCAAUCGUUCUUCCCGGUUUUUCGCUCGACCGCUGUCUUGCUCAUUCCGAAUUUGAUUUUUUCUUUUCAAAAAAAAAAAUUCCAUUCUCGUCUGCGUCCCAUACAACAUGACUGCGGAAACGUUCGAAACUAUCAUGCGCAGAAAUAAUACGACUCUGGUAGCGGCUCAAGAGGGCCCGACAAUGAUGGACGCGGUCACCAGCCGCCCCGGCAAGGCUUCCUGCAAGUACAACAAAAACGCGAUGCUCAUUUUGGCGUUCUUCGCGAUGGUGUGUUUGUGCUUGCUGUCUAAUGCUGGCGCUGCUGUUGCUCAUCAGAGGAGGGCUAUCGCUCCGGCCACCGAGAACGCAACGGCCCCGAUCAAAGAAUGCCAUCAAAAUAAUCCUUGCGGAUGGGCCAUCUACGUACCGUUCACCCGCCGUAUCGAUUACUUCAUGAAAAAUACAUGCAUUUGCAACCCGAACUUGGCGUGCUUGAAGACCGACGAUGAUCUGUCCGUCAACGCGUACGUGUACCGCUGCAAGCCCAGACCCGUGACUACCACGGAAAUCACACCUACGACGACCAUUUGAGAUUUGAGCGAGGGAUAUUGUCCACAGCGACGAAGUCGUGGCCGACACCACACCAAUGGCGCUGCUUCGUUACCACUGGACAAGUGAAGAAUUACUAGUUUAUUCCUAAUACCAAAUCUACUUAUGUUCCGGAAAUUCAUUUUUUUUUUUUUUUUUUUUUUUUUUUUUUUCUAAUUAGACUUAA